GGUCGGCGGCGCCACCGAGCUCUCCUUCAGUUGUUCGACUGACGGUUUGACUGUUCCAGCGUUGCAAGAACAAGCUUGAAGAGCCUCCUUCCUCCUCCGCCCCCCUCGGCUCCCUUCCUGCGCUCGCUGGCUGUUUAGAGCCCUGUAAAGAGACGAAGCUAGUGGGUUUUGAGCAGCGCCAUGUUUCGUCCAUUAAGGCAGCUCGAGGAGGAGAACUCCCAUGAUCAUGGCAUGGAGAGCCCCCGGGACGGGCUCAAAAAAGAGAGGAUUUUGGAUGAUCGCCACGAUAGCGGCCUGGACUCCAUGAAGGACGAAGACUAUGAGCUGAUGGUGAAGGAGCUGAAAGAAAUCCGGAUCCAGCCCCAGGAGGCGCAACCUGGGCCGCCCCAAGAGCCUUGGAAACAGCAGGUCACCGAGGACGGAGACACGUUUCUCCACUUGGCCAUCAUUCACGAAGAGAAGACCUUGACUUUGGAAGUCAUCCGACAAGUGGCAGGGGACUUGGCUUUCCUCAACUCUCAGAACAAUCUGCAACAGACUCCUCUUCACUUGGCAGUGAUCACCAAACAGCCAGAGAUUGCUGAGACACUCCUGAAAGUUGGCUGUGACCCAGAGCUCAGGGACUUUCAAGGGAAUACACCUCUGCACCUUGCUUGUGAGCAGGGCUGCCUGGCUGGUGUAGGAGUGCUUACUCAAUACUGCCAAACCCAGGACCUCCUCUCAGUGCUACAAUCCACAAAUUAUAAUGGUCACACGUGCCUCCAUUUGGCUUCCAUCCAUGGCUACUUAGCAAUAGUAGAACAUUUGGUGUCCUUGGGAGCUGAUGUCAAUGCUCAGGAGCCCUGUAAUGGCCGAACUGCCCUCCAUCUUGCUGUAGACCUGCAGAAUCCUGAACUGGUAUCACUCCUUUUGAGGUGUGGGGCUGAUGUGAACAAAGUUACCUACCAGGGUUACUCUCCAUAUCAACUCACUUGGGGCAGAGAAAACACUACUAUUCAGAAGCAACUGGGACAGUUGACCAUGGAAAACCUGCAAAUGCUUCCGGAGAGUGAAGAUGAAGAGAGCUAUGACACAGAGUCAGAAUUCACAGAGGAUGAAGUACUCUAUGAUGACUGUGUGAUUGGAGGCCAACGGCUAGCAUUAUGAACUGAACAUAACUGAAAGAGCAUGAAGCUGCUCUACUCUGUAUAAUUUGUAAAAAAGAUAUUUUAUUUUUCUAAAAAAUUUUAAAAUACACACAAAAAAAGUGCACACAAAACUAUAUAGGUUGGCCUGAAACACAUUAUUGUAACAGAAGGGUGUCUCAUAUCCUGUCCUUGUGGUGAAAUCUUGGUGUGAAACAAGGAAGAAGAUUGGAAAUUCAAAGAAAAUUUCCUAAGAGGCGUUUGAGGUUUUGGGGGAGUUCAUCCAACGUUUGGUUUGCCCAGAAGAAUUGAAUCUUCAUCACCAAGUAUUCAGCUGACUUGCUCCAUGGAUUCUAAUAGCUGACCACAGCUGUUUUCUGUGAUCAUUAAUAGAUCAACUAAAAGGAAAAUCUUGAGCUCUGCUCAAGAUUUGACUUCUGAUCCUAUCACCAUGUCAGUGAUGAUUACACCCUCUUGUAAAUAGUGUAUAUUAUGUUUAUGUUGUUGGUGAUGUUUUGGUACUUUUAAGAUGUAUAUUUAUUAAAUGAUUUCUAUAUGCAGGAUCAUCCUAGUUGUUGGUGUUUUCUCUAUUCUCUUUAUAGAUGAUAGAGGAUUCACAUCAUACCCAAAUUAAUCCUUGAGUCAAGGGAGAGUACACAUUCCAUAGCAGGGAAGAGAAACAGUUAAUUACAACCAUCAGGCUACCCUAGUUCCAUUCCUAAUUCCAUGCUUCUGAGAAGCACUACACACACCAGCUAUCUCCUUUUGGCAAAUGAUGGGUAGCAGGCAUGUUGGGGUCAACGUGAGAAUGACAAGCAAUGGCCUAUACUUUUCCUAGUUAGAGGAAACUUUAUGGGGUUUGAUGCUUUUGUUCCCCUACAUUGCUACCACUUUGCAAAAAUCACUACCACCCACCUACUGCAGUGUAAUGGAAAAUUUAGCUUUUGUAGCUGAGGACCUGUUUUUGAAUCCCAGCUCUACUACUUAGUACUUGUGUGACUUGAGGUAAGUCACUUAAACUCUGAGCCUCAAAUUACUCAUCUUUAAAAUGAGGGGGUUGAGGGGCACCUAGGUGGUGCA